AUCCUUGAGGAUAGAACCAGCUGCCAGCUCGGGAAGAUUUGCUCACCAAAUGGAAAUUAUGUAACCCUUUUUGCUAUCUCUGGACAAAGGAAGAAAUCAGACCAGUGGAGGAAAUUAGUGAUCCUAGCCACGAAAAAACUGGCCCUCAUGCUUAAAUUUUCAGCUUUGUCAGAGGCGAUCAGUACGAAUUGAUCAGAGACACACUUUCCAAUUUAAAGAUUUUCCAUAGCUGGGAAAGAAAGAAUUAAUCAAGAUGGAAAGUGGGUCAUGUAUCGGUGGUUUGAAGGUGAAAUCUUCUUCAGACAGGAGUGAUCAGGAGGAGGCCGGAUCAGCAGGAGAUGAUGAAAGUAAGACCAAAAACAGUGCAAGCUCGAGCAACAGCAUAGUUGAGGAGACUGAGAAGAGCGGUAGCUGUAUUGAGGUGCGGCCAUAUGUUCGAUCCAAGGUGCCUAGGCUAAGAUGGACUCCUGAUCUUCAUCGUUGUUUUGUCCAGGCCGUUGAGAGACUUGGGGGUCAAGAGAGAGCAACUCCGAAACUGGUUUUGCAAGUAAUGAACAUCAAGGGACUAAGCAUCGCUCAUGUCAAGAGUCAUUUACAGAUGCAUCGGAGCAAGAAGGUUGAUGAUCAGGGUCAAGUUAUAAUCAGUAGAGGACAUCUUACGAGAAGCGCAGAUCACUUUUGGCAACAGUCCAUGCUUCGAAGUAUCGACCAAAGGGUUAGCCCCAAAUACAGAUAUGGUGAGCUUUACUGGACUGGUCAAGGGAGCUGCAUAUCCAGGUCGCCUUAUUUCACCGAUGACAUGAACUUAACAAGAGGUGUCGGCCUUCAUGGAUCAAUAGCUGAAAGGAUUUCUGGAGGUGUCGAUUUGAACAUGAUCAGGAAUAACAACAUUGCCUUCGAGGAAGAAAGUAGUAAGAGACUAGAGGAGUUCCAAAAAGAAUUUCAAUGGCUGUUCAAUCACACUUCCACCAAAACCCAGAAAAGCUCAACCCCCUGCAUAGAGAAAAAACCUAAUAAUAUUAGAGAGUCAAACCCGCAGUGGAUUUCAGCGGAGCGAAAAACGGGGAAAAGAAAAGGUUUCCACGACGACAAUCAUGAUUUGAGUCUGUCACUAGGCAUAAGGCGGCCGUCAAGACAAGCGGAAGCGUCUAAGAGAAGUACAUGUUGGGUGGACGAAGAAGUGGAUAGCAGUUUAUCUCUUUCCUGUUCCUCUUCUUCAAAGAAGAGAAACUAUUCCAUAGAUCUGAAUAUGCCAUCAAAGCUUAUAAGCAGGUUGACAGAAGAUUAUAAUGUUGCGAAAAGUAGUACAGCUACGAAAUUGGCGAGUACCCUUGAUCUGACUCUAUGAAUCAGAGAAUUCUAGUGAGAUCCUGUUGGUACUUGUACAAGAGGAGCAUACUAAGAUUGUUGCUAUCAUCGAAAUUUGAGUCAUGGUGAAUGCUUCUAAUCUUGCAUCUUAUCCAUUUCAU